AUCAGUCUAAUGAAUACCUUUUCUGAGCUUUUUCCACUUAUUAUGUUUUCUUUUUCACGAGCUAAGCCUGAAGAAGGAAAGCCAUGGUCUCGUCACGCUCUGUUUUUAGAGAUUUCUAGGGUUUCAAGGGUUACAUAUUAAUAGGGCUCCUCACUUCCUUGUCGGAAUCUUAACUAAAGUCAUUUUUCUUUCCCUUUUCUUUUCGGAAAUUCUGUCGGUGUUUACUUAUCUAGCUCUGAUUUCUUCGGUAUUUGAUGAAAUCGCAAAGCUUAGAUGAUCUGAUCUGAGUUUGUUUUUAGUUUUUUGAAGUUUAAUCUGGUUUUUAGAUUUGAUUUGUGAAGAAGCCGAUCGAUUGGAGGGAAAUAGUUGGGUUUUCUGUUAGAUUUUGGUGGAGUUUCUGAAAGUUGGAACUUGUACUUGUUUAAGAAAGGAAAAAGGAGAGAUUUAAUGGAGUUUGCCUUUUUGGUAACUUGUUGGUGAAGGAAUCGGACUGAAAAUUUUGACGGGAAUGUGCUUCUUUUUUCGGGAUUCUGGUGCGGAUUUAAUAUUUUCACUCGUUCUUUGAGGGAUGGGGGGAAGUUUGUUAGGAGUAGUUCUUCUCUGUGUAGCUCAUUAAUGGCAAGUUGUUGAAGUGAAGUGUUGGAGUGUAACACGUGAAGUGAAGUGUUAAGUGCUCGAGUGGUUGGCGAGAGCUGAAGUUCUGCAAGUUGAGUGCAGGGUCAAGCUCUUGUUAUGGAUUCGGUUGAUGCUCUGGCUUCGCAUCGGCAGCGAAGAAGCUGUAGAUUUAAUAGCCAGGACUGGUUGUGGAUUUAUAUGGAAUUCAGAUAGUAUCUUGGAGUAUCUCACAUUUGAGCUUUGUGGUUAAGAGAAACAGAUAUUGGUUGAGAGGACUAUUCAUGAGAUUUUAGGUUUGCAUUAUGGAGGAUAUAGGUCUGUUCAAGCAAGGGUGGAAAUGGCUGCAGUCACAGAAGCACGUGUACUCGAGUGCAAGGACUGCAGUGAGCUCUUUCAGAGACAAGAUUGUAUUUUUGAUAGAUCGCCAUUGGCCGAUGGUUUGCAGUGGGUGUGUAAAGACGGGGAAAUGUCUAUUGACGUUGUUGUUAAAGUGGAAGGACUGUAUCAUCCAGGGCUUUGGGUCUAUGCUCAGCCUGCGUUCUGCGGCGUUGCUUGUUAUAAUGUGGAGUUGCUUCCUUAGUUUGACAUCUAUCUCUUGCCUCGUAUAUGUACUCCUGAGUCUGGGAGCUGCUGGGGCUGCUGUUAGAUACUUGGGCUAUACCCCUGGACUUUUUAUUGUUGGGUUGGUUUGUAUUUUGACUUUGUGGAUGUAUGGUAAUUUUUGGAUUGCAGGAACAUUGUUUAUUGUUGGAGGUUUUUUGUUCUCCCUAAAUCAUGCACGCAUCGUGGUCUUAAUGGCAACCAUAUAUGCCCUUUAUUGUGUUAAGGUUCGUGUUGGAUGGCUCGGGGUUUUUCUCUCAGUAAACCUUGCCUUCCUUUCGAACGAUCUCUUCAGUUUCUUGCUCCAAGGGUGUGACAAUGUAACUGAAGGCACACAUUUUGAAGAACAAAAAGAAUCAGAAACAGCUACAGAAGAUGACAACUUCUCAGGGGAUUGUGAAUAUUCUGCUCCAACUAGCGAUGCUGAGAACUUACAUUCAUUCAAAUCCAGCAAACCAUCUACCACUUUGAAUUUUGUGAACAGCCAGAAAGAAUGCUCUGCUAGCCCAGUGGUCAAAGCAGACACGAGUUCAGUUGAUGAGAUGGAGAGGAUAUUGAAUAGUGGGAAUCAUUAUGAAACACUUGAACUUCCUCCUUACAAGAGCAUUGAUGCUACUGUAUUGAAAAAGGAAUACAGGAAAAAGGCCAUUCUUGUGCAUCCUGAUAAAAAUAGGGGAAGUACACUUUCUAGUGAAUCAUUCCAAAAACUUCAGUCUGCAUAUGAGGUUCUUGCAGAUUCUAUGAAGAAGAAAGACUAUGAUGAUCAACUAAGGAAGGAGGAAUCAAAACGAGUGUGUCAGAAGUCCAGUAGCUCCUCACAACAGUGGCAGGAUCGCACGGAUUAUCUCUCUGAAGAGUCUAGGCGUAUACAUUGCACAAAAUGUGGCAAUUCACAUAUAUGGAUAUGCACCAAUAGAACUAAAGCCAAGGCCAGGUGGUGUCAGGAUUGCCGUCAAUAUCACCUAGCCAAGGAUGGAGAUGGAUGGGUUGAGUAUGGAUGUUCAUUGUUCUUUGCGAGGACUCAAAAGGUUGAAAUACCACGUGCCUUUGUUUGCGCAGAAAGUAAGAUCUUUGAUGUGUCAGAAUGGGCUAUUUGUCAGGGUAUGAUAUGUAGGCCUAAUACCCAUCGGCCAAGCUUCCAUGUAAACAUGGUUGGCUUGGGGAAAGCAACACAGAGGUCCAACUCAAGCAGAUUUCCUUGGGAUUUGGAUGCUGAGAUGAUGGUGGAAGAAGAAGACGAGUUUGAGAUAUGGUUUCAGAAGGCAUUGGCCUCAGGCCUCUUCUCUGAACCUUCUAAACGCAGAAAGAGCUGGAGCCCUUUCAAAUUACAUCCAAAGAAAGGGAAGAAACAGUGGCGGAGAUCAUCUACAUGAAUUCCUGUACACAAGCUACUCAGAGUUCAGUCUUGCUGAUACUUUAGGUCAAAUGGAUCUUGUACUGUGUCUGUCAGCAAGAAAGAUGAAAGGAGAUGGGACAGAGUAGCAGUGUUCUUAAUAUAUUGGGAACCUGCAAACAUAUUGGAGCACCCUUUGCAGCCUCUCGACUGUUGUAAAGUAAAUAAUGGAGUUGAGUCACAAAACUCCGGCAAAUGGAAGUUUUUCCUCAGAAGAACUCUGGUUGUGCUCGUUGUGCAGCAGUCGGGAAUUCUCAUCACAGAGAAGUCGUCGCUUGAAACAGAAGACAUUGACAUGAGCACUCCAUUGUAAAUUGAUCCAGGUAACAUCCAUGUUUACCACGUUUUCUUUUGUAAAAAUAAUUCUGGAUUCAUGUACGUUGCAAAAAUUGCUUCUUCCCUUGUCUUGCCGGAUCAGCCAGCAAUAUAUAAUUUGAUUGGGCAUUACAGCCUGGUUAACUUGGUUAAGGAGAAAAAUAUAAGGGACCUACCUAUAGUUAACUGGCA